GUCAGGAUCGCAGCGAAGCCACUUUGAUAAAGAGGUUCAAAGGCGACGGUGUCCGGUACAAAGCCAAGCUGAUCGGGAUAGAUGAGGUUUCUGCUGCCCGAGGGGACAAGUUAUGCCAGGACUCCAUGAUGAAGCUCAAGGGAGUUGUUGCUGCGGCUCGAUCGAAAGGAGAACAUAAACAAAAAGUCUUCUUAACAGUUUCCUUUGGGGGAAUCAAAAUCUUCGAUGAAAAGACAGGGCUACUCCAGCAUCACCACGCAGUUCAUGAAAUUUCCUACAUCGCAAAGGAUAUCACCGACCACCGAGCGUUUGGAUAUGUGUGUGGAAAGGAGGGAAAUCAUAGAUUUGUGGCAAUAAAAACAGCCCAGGCAGCUGAGCCUGUAAUCCUGGACUUGCGAGACCUGUUUCAGCUCAUCUACGAACUGAAACAGAGGGAAGAAAUGGAAAAAAAGGCACAAAAGGACAAACAGUGUGAGCAGGCGGUAUACCAGGUUCCUACCAGCCAAAAGAAGGAAGGUGUUUAUGAUGUGCCAAAAAGUCAACCUGUAAGUCUGGAGAAUGGAAACUUAUUGCUGGACAUUGAUGAAAAUCUUGUUUCAGUCACUCAGGCUGUUACCCAACUAGAGCUUUUUGGGGACAUGUCCACUCCUCCUGAUGUAACCUCUCCCCCAACUCCUGCUACUCCAGGUGAUGCCUUUAUCCCAUCUUCAUCCCAGUCACUUCCUGCUGGUACAGACAUGUUUGGUUCUGUACCUUUCAGCACUGCUGCCGUACCCUCAGGUUAUGUUGCCAUGGGAGCUGUCCUGCCCUCCUUCUGGGGCCAGCAGCCCCUCGUUCAGCAGCAGCUGGCCAUGGGUGCSCAGCCUCCAGUCGCUCAGGUGAUGCAGGGAGGGCAGCCCAUCGCGUGGGGCCAGCCCGGGAUCUUUCCUCCCACCCAGCAGCCGUGGCCGUCCGUGGCUGGCCAGUUCCAGCCCRCUGCCUUCAUGCCGACACAAACUGUUUUGCCUUUACAAGCAGCCAUGUUUCAAGGUACCAUUGCUCCCAUAGCCACCGUCCCGCCCACGAGCGAUUCCAACAGGUCGAGUCCGCAGACAGACAGGCCCAGGCAGAAAAUGGGAAAAGAAAUGUUUAAAGAUUUCCAGAUGGCUCAGCCUCCACCAGUGCCAUCAAGAAAACCAGAUCAGCCUUCCCUCAGUUGUACCUCAGAGGCCUUCUCAAGUUACUUUAACAAAGUUGGGAUGGCACAGGAAGCAGAUGAUUGUGAUGACUUUGACAUCUCUCAGUUAAAUUUGACUCCUGUGACUUCCACGACACCAUCUACAAAUUCACCUCCAACCCCUGCACCCAGACAGAGUUCUCCAUCAAAAUCAUCAGCAUCUCAUACGAGYGACCCUGCUGCAGACGACCUCUUCGAAGAGGGGUUCGAAAGCCCAAGCAAAAGUGAGGAGCCAGAGGCUCCUGAUGGGUCUCAGGCCUCCUCCAACAGUGAUCCCUUUGGUGAGCCAACUGGUGAUACUAUAAGUCCACAGGUCGGUAGCUAGAUAGCACAGGUUGGGGAAGCAGAACCUCUCUACGCGCAGAUUAACAGACCUAAGAAAUAGCAUUGUUACAGGCUUGUGGUGCUCCAAGACUCAAACGAAACCCAACAACCUGGCAGGCCUUUGGCUUUCAAGCUUUUUUCCGAUUGAUUUUGUCUGACAAGGAGAGAGAUUGCCCUCCUGGACUGGCUCUACGAGUGUUCCCGAUGUGGUUUUUUUUGGCAACCAAUGGCAGAUUCCUAUGGCAGCACAAAAAAAAAACUCUCCCCGCUUCUCAUUCCACGAGUGCAGCCCCAUCCCCACAAGCGGUGGGUAUCCAGACUAGGAAAUCUUACUCCUCGGUGUUCUUUUAAACAUUUGUUACCUUCUGUGUGCCACCUAUAAAUAACAAGCAUCUGAAAUCGAUUGGGUAUUAGACAUUUUUUUCUCUCUUUU